AUGUAUUUCCCUAAAAAGAAUAUAUUAAAAUAUUCAGGAAAUAUUAAUGUUAUUAAAUUUUUAAAUAACAUUAAUAUUAACUACACCAAUAUAAACCACAAUAACAAUAAUAACCAUAAUAAUAGUUAUUAUAAUAAAAAUUUAUAUAUGACAACUAUUAAUAACUAUAAUAACUUAAAUGUCAAUAGAAAUAAAUAUUUUUGUACUAAAAUAAAUAAUAAUAAUAAUUAUAAUAAUGGUUUUUUUAAAAAUUAUAAUAUAAAUAGUAAAAAUUUAAAACUAAACGAAAGAAAGGAAUUAAUCGAAUCAUUUAUUGUUGAUUUAGAGGGUGGAUUAAUAAGAGAUAAAGUAUAUAGGGAUAUCGGAAUAGUGGGUAAUAGUAAUAAACAAGAAGUUUCAAGUGACAUUCUAGAAUCAUUAAUUAAAAUCAGAGAUGAUUUAGAAAGAUAUAUAUUAGAAAACUCCAAGACCACAAGUACAACCAAAUCCUCAGUAUUAAAUUCAGGUAUAAUAGAGUUGGACAUGGUGUUAGGCGAUUUAAUUAAAGAUAAUUUAAAAAACAAUGGUAUACUUUAUUGCAAACCAUUGGACACCAAUAGUAUGGAGGAAAACGUUUGGAGAUCAAUUAUAGAGAACGAAGCAGUUCAUCCAUAUCAUAAUUUAAGUGACCCAACUAAUGAAAUUAAAAAUAGAACUACUCGUAAUAGAACAUGCUUGGUAUUGUUCCACCCAAGACUACCAAAUCUACCACUCAUGUCAUUAUAUAUCGCAUUUACCAAUGGUAUACCAGACAACAUUCCAGCAAUCGAACUUAACGACCCAAAUGCAAAAGAAAAUGAUAUAAAUAACAUCGACUCGGCAAUAUUCUAUUCAAUAUCCUCUCUUCAUAAAGGUCUAGGUGGUGUUAAUUUAGGACAUAUAUUAAUUACAAAAGCUGUAGAAUACAUCAAAUUAAAUAAUCCUAAAAUUUUACACUUUUGCACACUUUCACCAUUACCAAGAUUUAAAAAAUAUUUAUCAAAAAAUCAUCAAAAAAUAGUCGAAAAAAUUCAAAACGAAGAUUUAAUUAAUGAUUUUAAAAAUGAUUUGGAAUAUUUGGCUUUAAACUAUAUUUAUAAAGAAAAAAGUAAACCAAAAAGAGCAUAUGACCCAGUAUGCAAUUUCCAUUUAAAAAAUGGUGCCAGUAUUUAUAGAUUAAAUUGGAAAGCAGAUACCUCAAAAAAAAGACUCGAUGAAAGUUAUGGAAUAAUGAUUAACUACUAUUACGAUAUUAAUAAUUUACAAGAGAACUCAACUCGAUAUACAAAUGAUGGCUUCAUAACAACCUGCCCAAUAUUUAAUAUUCAAUUUAAAAACAGUAAAUUUUAA